ACAAACAGAUAAGAACCGAGUUCGGUAUUCGGUUGUAUAUUGUUGUUUUCUAGUUUACUGUAAAUUUUUUUGUCUUAUUUUUAAAAAUUGUUCUGUUAUAAACGGUGUAUAAUUUUUAAUUAAUCCUUCAACAUGACUGUGAAGAAAAAGGAGUCUGGUUCUUCAGUCAACAAGUCAUCAACACCACCUAAAUCUACAGCACGUAAAGAUUUAGCUUCCAGUUCAGAUUCUAGUUCAAGCUCUAGUAGUUCAUCAUCAUCAACAUCAGGAUCUGAUUCCUCGAGUUCAUCUGAUACGGAAAAUUCAUCUACUACUGAAAAUAAUUCUUCUGAAUCUGAAAAACACAAGAAGUCACCAAAGAAAAAAGCAUCUACUUCUUCAGAGCCAAAAGUUUCUGAACUUUCUAAAAAACAAGCUUCACCAGAAAAAUUUAAAAACAAACCAAAUAAUACAGCUCCUAAAUUAACAGCUGCUAUCUAUACUGAUUCUGAUACAGAUGCGGAGACAAAAACUAAAAGAAAAUUUCCCCCUGUAAAACCUAAAGCUACUGCAACAGUUGCAGCAGUUUUAAAAUCACAGGAUAAAAACAAAAAAUCUGAUGUUAAACGUAGUCAAGGACCAAGGUCUAAAGCUACAGCUAUCUCCGAUGGAGUUAAAAAACCUGACUCAAAAUCAAAAAGUAUUUUCAGCCCAGAUAAAAUAAACAGUAGUGACAGUGAUCCUCCACCUCCAAAACUAACACCAAUGAAAACUGCUACUACACAAAAAGCAUUAGUAAAACCUAGACCAAAAGCAAUGGCAAAAUUAAAAAAACAUUCACCAACAACUAAAACAUCUACCUUAACAUCAGCAAGUUCUGAAUCUUCAGAUACAGAUUCAUCAUUAGAUAAAAAGCUUAAAAAAACAGCUCAAGAACAGCACAAAAAGAAACUUUUAAACAAAACACCACAGCCUGCAACAAAAGUUACAAGUGCUAAUGAAUCUUCAUCUAGUGGUAAAGUAUCUAGAGGACGUGGGCGGCCUAGAAAAUAUCCAGUUCCAGAACCAACUAAAAAUGGUUCAAAUACUAAUUCCAAUUCAAAAACUGGUCAAGAUCAAAAACUUGUUACAACUAGAGGUUCUACCAGAGUUAGUCGUAUAUUGGCUGCUAGCCAUAGAACUACAACUGCAACAGAUUCUGAUUCAGAUACUGGAAGUAAAUCAACAAGUACCAGUUGCAAAUCACCUACUAAAAAAGCUCGUGACAAAACUCGUAAGCCAUUAAAUUGUGUUGAUAAGAGAUUGAAUACUGGAGGACUUGUCGAAUUGGAAGAAAGACUUUGUCCAGUUAAUGGAUGUGAUUCAUUAGGUCAUUUAAAUGGCCUAUAUGAGCGUCAUUUCACUUCAGAAGCUUGCCCUAUGUAUCACCGAUUAACUAUUAAACAAUGCCAAGAUAAUUUAUCUGAACGACUUAAGAAAAAUGAAGAACGUUUAAAAGGUACAUUAAAAUCCAGUUCAACUGAACAAAAGUUGUAUCGAGAUAAAGUGAAGGAAAUGAGAAGUGAAAUUGAGAAUAAAAAAAAAAAUGAAACUAGUAGUGAUACUUCGCAAAGUGAUCAAUAUACUGGUAAAGAUUUAGAGCCUGAUAUACUCAACUGCUCUAAUAUACCAUCCUAUGAUCUUAAGUUAUUUCAAGAAGCACAAGCGGUGGCCAGUGAGAAAAUUGAAGAAGAUUUAAAACAAUUACCAAAUUUUAAAGGCACCAAGUAUUUAGAAAUGGGGAAAUAUGAGAUGGAAGUAUGGUAUCAAAGUCCAUAUCCAGAAGAAUAUACACAAGUACCCAAAUUGUAUUUAUGUGAAUUCUGUUUACACUACAUUAAAAGUAAAACAGUAUUAUUUAGACAUAAACUUAAAUGUGUUUGGAAACAUCCACCCGGAGAUGAAGUUUAUCGGAAAGACCGUAUAUCUGUUUGGGAAGUAGAUGGAAAACGAUUCAAAAUAUUUUGUCAAAAUUUGUGUUUACUAGCAAAAUUCUUUUUAGACCAUAAAACACUUUAUUAUGAUGUAGAACCAUUUUUGUUUUACAUAAUGACUACUAUGGAUGAAGAUGGAUGUCAUAUUGUUGGUUAUUUCAGUAAGGAAAAAAAUUCGUUUUUGAAUUUCAACGUGAGCUGUAUAUUAACGUUACCUCCAUACCAAAGGCAAGGAUACGGCAGACUUCUCAUCGAUUUCAGUUACUUGCUGACUAGAGUAGAAGGUAAAGUCGGUUCGCCCGAAAAACCGUUAUCAGACUUGGGUCUGAUAUCAUACAGAAGCUACUGGAAAGACGUAUUGCUGCAGUACCUGUGCGACUUGGGCGGAAAGCAACUGUCCAUAAAAGACAUGAGUCAAGAACUAGCCAUCAACUCCUAUGAUAUAGUAAGCACGCUUCAAGCCCUCGGCAUGAUGAAAUAUUGGAAGGGAAAGCACAUCAUACUCAAGAAACAGGAAGUGAUUGACGAGUAUUUGGAAAGGUCAAAACGUCGAGGAUCAGACUACAAAGAGAUCGACGCAAAAUGUCUGCGAUGGCGGCCCCGUUCAGCAGCUCCUACCCCGGCCGGGCCCACGUGAAAUGUACCUGUUCGCAU